UUCCGCCGUAACGGCUGUGUACGAGUCUCCCGAUCGUCGCCAAUCUGUGGAUCUGGUAACCAGAAACCCCGACAGCAACUCAAUGAAAAUACAGUGCUACCGUUUGAUCAAUCAAAGUGCAGAAGUCGCAGCUCCUGUACAGUAGUGUUCACAGCUGGAGACAGUCGAGUGAAUCUGUUCGUUGGUCUGUCAGCCUGGCACACGAUAUUCACCCGAGAACACAACCGGAUUGCUUCGACUCUAUCUCGACUAAAUCCCCACUGGAAUGGCGACCGACUCUAUCAUGAAGCACGAAAAAUUGUCGGAGCUGAAGUACAGGCUAUCGUUUACAGAGAAUGGUUACCGAAGAUUUUGGGUGCAGCGUUCUCUUCUGUGGUCGGUGAUUAUCGAGGCUAUGAUCCGUCGGUCGACGCCACCAUUGCCAAUGAAUUCACGUCAGCUGCUUUCCGAUUUGGUCACGGAAUGAUUCAGGAGUUCUACCAACGGCUUGAUCCUAACUUUGGUAACUCAUCUUUUGGAGCACUUGCACUCCAAAAAGGCACAUUACAUUCAGAUGUACUUGUAAAUGAGGGAGGACCGGAUCCUUUGGUGAGAGGAAUGUUCACCCAGAAUGUCAAACGACCACAACGAGUCACUACGACCGUUACGGAAAAUAUGUUUGGUUCUACAGAUCUCAGUACGAUCAACAUUCAGUUAUCACGGGAGAUCCUUAACACAGCUACUCGUGAGAAGUUGGAGAAGGUCUACGGCAGCGUAGAUCGAAUUGAUCUCUGGGUUGGGGCUUUACUGGAAGAUCCUGUGAUUAGAGGUCUCGUCGGACCUACGAUUGCAUGUAUUGUUGGACCACAGUUCAAGGAGCGACGAGGGAUGGAGAACAGGUUAGUACUUCCUUUUUUUCUCAGAAACUAA